AAUUUCAUUUUUAUAAUUUUUCACAAUACUUCCAAACAGCCCUUAAAACUCAGCUUUCGCACAAGGACAGUACCGUCCUGGGCCGUCGCCAAAAACCAGUGCGUGUGUGGGAGAGGGAGAAAUCAGAAGAAGGUCCCGUCGAAGAGAACUCAAAGAGAGAGGAGAAGGGAAAAGAAGAGGAAAUCGAUUAUUGGGCAGUGAUAGACGGAGGUCUGGGCGUAGAUAUCCAUGGCGGAAGAUCUGGUUUUGGACACGGCGAUCAGAGAUUGGGUGCUCAUUCCUCUCUCCGUCGUGAUGGUUCUCAUCGGAAUCCUCCGCCACUUCGUCGCCAAACUCAUGCGGUCAUCUCAUACACCGGAUGCGAAGAUCGUCAAAGAAGGUCAGGUCGUUGUUAGGGCGCGGAACUUAAGGACUUCUGCGAAUUUCAUACCUCCUAAGGCAUUUCGCGCUCGCCGGGUUUACUUCAGCAAUGAGGAAAAUGGAUUACUACAUGUUCCAAAGGGGCAGGCUCAGAAUGCACAGGCACAAAUGUUCUCUGACCCAAACAUGGCUAUGGAUAUGAUGAAGAAAAACCUUUCAAUGAUCAUACCUCAGACUCUUACUUUUGCAUGGGUGAACUUUUUCUUCUCUGGUUUUGUAGCAGCAAAGAUACCAUUUCCACUCACCCAGAGGUUUAGAGCUAUGUUACAAAAUGGAAUUGACUUGAGUACAGUUGACGUUAGCUAUGUCAGUAGUCGAUCAUGGUACUUCCUCAAUCUGUUUGGAUUAAGGGGUCUAUUCAGUCUCAUUCUAGGAGAAGAAAAUGCGACUGAUGAUACUCAACGUAUGAUGCAAAUGAGUGGAUUUGGCAUGGAUCCCUCGAAGGGUUUGAGUGCAGAGAAAGACAGCCUCGACAUAGUUCAGCACGAAUGGGUCUUACCAAAAUUUGAGCAGCGGGCUGAAGCAGUGUUGAGAAAACUCAUCAGCUGAGCAGUGCCAACAUACACCGACCUUCGCAAGUGACUCUCCUCCAGUCUUGUUUCUUUGUUCAUUAAGAGUUUUUUCGUUAGCUAUGCAGAGUAGUUGGCAAAGGCCUGAGCGAUUGCCCGGUGAAAACCGCCACUGAAGUUGUUGUCAGCCUAAUUAUGUUGCCCAAAUUUAUUGUAAUUUUGGUGAUCAUGAAAAAUAUUCACAUUUGGUAGGGUGUAGCUGACUUCUGCCCUCUCAAACUUUGAUCUCAUGUAGAACUUGCAACUACCAUUAUUUGCAUAGUGUUGCAGACUGCUUUAGCCCUUGGUCUUGAUUUUGUUCAAAA